UUAUUCUCCAUUUAAUUACCAUUUGUUCCAUUUUUAUUUCGACUUUUAUUUCCAUUAUUAUUAUUUAUUUUUAAACUUAGUUACUGAUAUAAUAUUACAUUUCAAUCCUGCUUUGAUUGCACCAGCUUUCCCUUCGCGUGUCUGGUACCGUCCCCACUACACCUCCAGCUCUACCGAUCCCCACAUCUACGUCCACGUGUUAAAAUCUCCCACCACGUCCUCAAUUCCCGUCGGUGCACCGACACGUGUCCAUUCAGUUCCACAAACCGACUUCGAUUCCUACCUCUUCUCUCCCGCUCCAUAUAAAACCAACCCCAAACCCCCGGUCCGAGAUCCCGUCACCACCUCGAUGCUUCCGCGGUCCAAUUCUCCGCCCUCCGGGGCUGAUCCCCCUCACCAUUCUCUUCCCGGUAAACUCACCCCCUCUCUUAACCUCCAUCUCCAUCUUCCUCUCUGCCACCGCGUCCUCCUCGUCGCAGCCGUCCUCUCCGUCCAGCUCCUCCUCCUCCUCCUCUUCUCUGAUCGUUCCAUUUCUACCACCCGUCUCCAUCCUAGCACUAAUGCCGGCGACCACCGAAACUCCCGCAAUACAACCUGCGAUCUCGGCACUAUCUACGUCUACGACCUUCCGCCGGAGUUCAAUUCCGAUCUCAUCGCCGGCUGCCAUCAUCUUAACCCCUGGACUUCCCGUUGCUCCGCCCUCUCAAACUAUGGCCUCGGCCCCUCCGCCGCCGAUCUCGCCGGCAUUGUUCCCGGUCCUCUCCUCCCGUCUUGGUUUAACACCGACCAGUUCUCCUCGGAGAUCCUGUUCCAUCGCCGCCUACUCUCUCACCCCUGCCGCUCCCCCGACCCCUCCACCGCCUCCGCUCUCUUCAUCCCCUUCUACGCCGGCCUCGCCGUCGGCCAACAUCUCUGGUCCCCCAACGCUACUUCUGGCGAUCGUGACCGCCUCUGCGCCGCCCUCCUCCGCUGGAUCUCAAGCCAACCCUCCUUCUUGCGAUCCAACGGCAGCGACCACUUCAUCGUCCUCGGCCGCAUCACCUGGGACUUCCGCCGUUCCAAGAACGAGGACUGGGGAGGGAGCUUCAUCUACAUGCCGGCGAUGUCGAACGUCACGCGCCUCCUCAUCGAGCGAAACCCUUGGGACGAGCUGGACGUCGGAAUCCCCUACCCCACCGGAUUCCAUCCCCGAUCCGCCACCGAUCUCCGAUCAUGGCAGAAAUUCGUCCUCUCCCGUCGCCGGCGGACAACAUUCGGCUUCGCCGGAGCGGCGAGGGUGGGGAUGAAGAACGACUUCAGGGGUUUGCUCCUGAGGGAGUGCGCGGCGGCGGGAGGGUCGGCUUGCAAGGCGGUGGAUUGCAGUCACGGGCGGUGCGCUAACCGGAGCGCGGAAGCGGUGAGCUUAUUCCUAGAAUCAAAGUUUUGUUUACAGCCACGUGGCGAUAGCUUCACCCGGCGGUCAAUGUUCGACUGCAUGAUUGCCGGUGCGAUCCCCGUCGUGUUCUGGAAGCGCAGCGCUUACUUACAGUACGAGUUAUACUUACCGCCCGGUGAGGAGGAGUGGUCAGUGUUUAUCGAUAGAAAGGAGGUGCGUUCCGGCGCGGUGAGCGUAAGAGAUGUGUUGGAAAGCAUCGGGGAGGAGAAGGUGAGUAGAAUGAGAGAAAAGGUUGUGGAGCUUAUCCCGAGGAUCGUUUACGGCCAAGAUAGGCUUGAUGAAGGGGUGAUGGAUGCUGUGGACGUAGCGGUUGAUGGUGUUCUUAGGCGGUUCCGGGAAAGGAGGGAACGGACGGACAUGGGCAUUGGGGGAGUUCGUUGAUUGUUUCCUCGUCUUGUACAGUGAGAUGAGAUUUUUUUGGGGAGAGAAAUUUGGAUGAUAUCUUUUUGGCUUGGGAGUUGGGAUGGUAGAAAGAAUGGUGGAGAAUCACUUUGGAGAAAGGCAACAAAAAGAAGGGGGUCCUUAAGCUUUUAACACUAUUGAUGGGAAUGAUAAAUUCUCAUGCCAUUUGUUCGGGAUUUUCAAAACUUUGCAUGAUUGAUGUUUGUGAAAAUUGAGUAAUGGCGACAAAGAGACAAUACUGUUCAAAGGACACGGACUGUUCGAAGGGCAUGGAUAAAAGUUAUGGUGAUGGAUGGGUGAGUGUUCUAUUCUUUAUUAAUACAUAGUUAAAAUCUAAUAAUAAAAAAAUAUGUGUAACAAGAGAUAGAUGUAUUUUUUACAUUGAGGUAUUUGAUGUAUAGUAUUAAUAAGGUCUUUAAUUUGUGUUGCUUGCAUACCUAUUGAAAAAAAUAUU